GUAAUAACUUGUUCUGAAGUUUUCCCAUUUAGUUUAGCCUGAUGUGAAGAGAAUCCAUGAUUUCCCUUUAAUUAUAAAUUAAUGUUCUAUCAUAUGACAUUUCUUACUUAAAUAUUGGUAUUAUAUUCAUAAUUCAGUUUUAAAGCUUCCAUAUCAUUUUAAAGAAAACACCAGAAAUGGUUUUUAGCAUUGGAAGAGUGAUUGUAGCAUUUCUAGCUGCUUGGUUAAUAGUUAUAAUUUUACUUAGUGGACCUAUGUUUCAAAAUAACGAACCUGAUGAACAAAUACUUAUACGCUUAUCUCGUGCUUUGGGUGAAUUAGAAGCUUUGAAAUUACAGAAUGAAGAAUUAAAAAACCUUUUAAACUCAUUAAGGUUGUCUCCAUCGGAAAAUGAAAAGGCAGAACCUUUGAAGAAUAUUCGAACUUUUAGUCAUGACAAAUCAGUUUUAGAUAGGGUUAGAACAGCUUCAAAAGAGCCAUCUAAAGAGUUUGAAGAAACCAGAAGACGUUUAGAAGAUGGUGUUAAUGAAAUGUGGUAUUAUUUAAAAUCUGAAUUAAAGAAACUGAAUAAAACACUGUCAUCAGAUUCAGUGAACAGCAAAAAAUUAUCUUUAAUUCUGGAAGAUGCUAGUGAUCACAAGAGAACUAUUAUAUCUGAUAUGAAUAUUCUGAAAGACUUGGAUGGAUUAGGGGACUGGCGCAAAAAAGAAGCUGAAGAUCUGAGCAACUUGGUUCAAAAGAGAUUACAUUAUCUUCAGAAUCCCAAGGAUUGCAGAAGUGCUAAAAAAUUAUUGUGUAAUUUAAACAAAGGCUGUGGAUAUGGGUGUCAAAUUCAUCAUGCUGCUUAUUGCUUCAUUGUUGCAUAUGGUACAAAACGAACUUUAAUUCUACGAUCUCAUAAUUGGCGGUAUGCACAAAAAGGAUGGGAAUCUGUGUUUUUACCUUUGAGUGAAACAUGUACAGAUGAUGGUGGAUCAACUAGAGGACCUUGGCCAGCAACAGAAAGUACUCAAGUCAUUGAUCUCCCUAUCAUUGAUAACGUGAGACCUAGACCACCAUAUAUACCUUUAGCUAUUCCUAAAGAUUUGUCGGAGCGCAUCAUACGACUGCAUGGUAAUCCUGCUGCUUGGUGGAUAUCGCAGUUUGUGAAAUAUCUUCUUCGUCCACAAGAAGCUAUGAAAGCAUUGUUAGAAAAAGUAGAAGAAAAAUUAGAUUUUAAACAUCCUGUUGUUGGUGUUCAUGUGAGGAGAACUGAUAAAAUUGGAACAGAAGCACAGUUUCAUCCAAUCGAAGAGUACAUGGAGCAUGUUGAAGAAUAUUAUCAACAAUUAAGUCUUAACAACCCUAUUAAAGAAAAACGUGUUUACCUAGCUACAGAUGAUCCAAAUUUACUUUCAGAGUGUAAGAAAAAAUUUCCCGACUAUAUAUUUUAUGGAGAUCCUAAUAUUGCAAAGAGUGCUUCCGUAGGCCAAAGAUAUACCACUGAAUCACUGAAAGGAGUAAUUCUAGACAUCCACAUGUUGUCUAAGUGUGAUUAUUUAGUUUGUACAUUUUCAUCUCAGGUGUGUCGUCUAGCUUACGAAAUAAUGCAGAACUAUCACCCUGAUGCCUCAUCAUAUUUUAGAUCUUUGGAUGACAUUUUCUAUUUUGGUGGUCAAAAUGAUCACAAUCAACUUGCCUUUUACAAUCACACGUCACGAAAUCACUAUGAAGUUUCUCUUCAGAAAGGUGAUGUAGUUGGAAUUGCUGGUAAUCAUUGGGACGGCUUUUCAAAAGGAAUUAAUAGGAGAACUAAAAAAAGUGGCUUAUAUCCAUCUUACAAAACAAUUGAAAAAAUAGAAUUAAUUGAUUUUCCUACUUAUUAUGAAGUUGAUGGAAACUAAUGUAUAGUUUUUAAAUUAAACGAGCCAUGUGUUUUUGAAUAUCAAAUACCCACAUACAGUAUAACAUAUCUAGGUUUUAAUUAUUGCUCAAAAACAUAUUUCUCUAUGCAUUUCAAUUAAAAAUAGCCAAAGCUCUAAAGCAUUUUUAACAGUACUUCAUCUGUAUCAUGUGAAUAUAUUUAUAAAUAUUUAUAUAUUUUUGUAAAUUUUAAAACUGGAUUGUGACAAUGUUGUUCUUUGUGUUAGGUGUUGAUUUUUUUUUUCAGUUUUUUGUUUUUAAAUAUUUCAGACUUUUUUAUACAUGUUGCUAUGUUAUGGUUUAAGGCUGCUUACAACUAAUUUAGCAUUGCGUUUGAAGAAGUUGUACCUGGAAGUAAGUAUAAUUUGUCUGUUACCUUUAAAUGCAAAAGAUUAGAAGUGAAGCAGAAGAACUUAAAAGGAAACAAAAAAUAAAAACAAGUCAAGAUUGUCUUUCUUUUGUGGGCAUUCACUAAUAAUAUAUUUAAAAAAUCUACAUACAGAUAUUCUAUUCUACACAAUUUUUUCCAUCUAAUAUAUUGUGGAUAAAACCAUAAUAUUUUCUUGGGGUGUUUGACAGCUAAUGCUAAGGCUCUUCUGGGUCAUUCCAGGAAAAGUCAACCCUUUGUCCCGCUCUUGACGCUUCAUAUAUUUCAUUAAAAAUAAUACUUUUAAAUAAUAAUAAUUUUUUUCUGCUUAACAAAUUACAAACUUACAUGUGAUUUCUGAAGCAAAAAAUUUCGUCAUUACCCUUUAAAAUUAUUACUUUUUAAUGAAACAUAUGAAUCGACACGUGUGGGGAAAAAAGGUUGAUUUCUGCAUAUAUUUUUUUAUGUCAAAGCUCUUUUUAAAGUGAGCAUGAAGAUCUGCAAUCGUAAUAUCUUUAUUUAUUUUAAUUUUUAAAUUAAUCCACAAUAUCUUAAACUCCUGUAAAAAUUAGAAUUUUUUUACAUGUUCUAUGUAAAUUAUUUCCAUACUGUAAAUGUUUUGAUGGUUCUUUCCUAGUUUUAUGAAAACAUUGUCUAAAUGUUAACAUCAUCUAACUGAUUUUGGAUAUCCAGUUUGUUUGAAUGUGAUUUAGUGUAAUGAUUGUGAAAUGUUUGAUGUAUAAUGUAACUAUUGUUAAUGUGUGAUACAAGUUCAUACAAGUGAUUAAAUUUUAUUAAAAAACUAAAAAAGUCAUGUACAGUUUUUUUUCCUUCAAAUUGUUGAUUUUUUUUUUUUUUUUUUUUUUUUUUUGUCCUUAUGUAAUGUUGUAUGUGUUAAUUUUAAUUUUCAGAACAAUAAUAUUUUCUGAGAAAUUUAGAUGGGAUUUAUAAAGGUAAAGAUGUUUGUUGUAAUCGUUGAAAUAGUUGUGUCAAUCAAAAGCUAGGGAAAUAAGUUUAAAAAGCCCAUUUUUGUUAGGAUCAUUUCAUUUUUAAAUUAUAACUGCAAAAUACUAUGCAGCAAGCAACCAUUAAAAAUUAGAAAGUAUGAAAAAGUUCAAAAGAUGUAGUCAGUUGAAAAUUUUAUUGGAAAAAGACAUAAUAGUUAUGACACAGAUUUUUUAAGAAUGUAUGUUUAAAAGUUUAUUUGUGUGCAUUCCACUUCAUUAGUGAAUUUAUAAUAAAAUUUCAAUAAGAAAUUCAUAUUUUGAAUAGGUUUAUCAAGGUAGAAUAAAUACUAAAGCAAUGGAUUACUAUUGUUAAAACUUUAUUUAAACAGCUAUGGCUAGAGGAUUGAAAGGUACUACUUUUUGCAAAUCCCCAUAUUCAUUCAUAAACAGGUUCUUUUAAUCCCUUUUCAGUUUGGUGCAAUGAAGAAAUAUGUUUUGUCUCUUGCAAAGUCUCAGUUUUUGUUUGGUGUGUAUGUCCAUACAUUUGUGUGCAUAUGUAUGUAUUAUGUGUGUGUAUGUGUGAGAUGUAUAGGUUUUUUUUUACAGUGCUGUAGUAGGGGGGAAACUCCAUCCUCCAAAACAUUUUUUUUUAAAAAUGAUGCAUAUUUUCUGUAUUGGUUCAAAACAACUUCUUUUGAAAAAAAAAAACCUGCUUUUUAAAUUAAAGCUUACAAAGGAAUAUAAACCAACAAAAUUUUGGGUUAACAAGAGUCUCUCAACCAUGACAUUUAUACAGAGAAGUGCAUUAUCCCAAAAAUCCCCCCUCCUACAGCACUGUGUGUUUACAUAUGUGGUGACCUUCAACUCUGGUCACCACAGAAAUUUUUUUUUUUUUUUUGUAAUAUAAAAAAACUUACCUUCUGAUUUUUCCGGACAAAAUCAAAGGUGUGAAAUCAUUUGAAUACAAAACGAUAACCAAGAUAUUCAUUUAAAAAAAAUUUUAUGGCUUCCAUAAUACAGUUAAAAUUUUGAGCUUUCUGGUCGGAAAAAAAACUGUGUUAACAUUAAAAAUCCCUCUCUGGAAAAAGUUUCUCAUAAACAAAAAAAAAAAAAAUCUUGUGAAAAUUGAGUCAUGUGUAACAUUUUUUUGCUGGAGCGCCCACCUAGCAGGGGCUCAGGGCGCAGACUGCAGCAUUGAAAUUUUUAGAGAGGUGAUUUUGAGGGGUAAUUUUAACUUUUGGGGGGUGGUCUUUGUAAUAUUUAGGGGGGUGUACCCUUGCUCUUAGGGGGUGAGCACCCCUGUUUUUUGGAAUAUUGACUCUGAGUAUUCUUAAUAGAAAACUUAAAAUGUUGAAAGUAUUAUGUGUCAUUUCAUACGAAUUCCUUUAUGGUUUUGUGUAUUGUGAUUUCUGUUACAUUUGUGUUAUUUGAUGUACAAAGUAUGUUUACAGUAUAGAUAGUUUAUUGUGUUACUUAUUUUGUUGCAUUUUUUUCAGUUGUGUGAAAGCACAUUUUUUUUUUUCUUUUUUUUUAAUCUGAUGACAGAUAUUUGAAAACUCAAUGCAAGGGUGAUAUCAUUCCGUCAAAUACAAGAAACUGGAAGCUUGUGUAAUUCUAUCAUAAACUAAAGGUUUGGUUUUAAUGAUGUAUAGAAAUACAGGUUGUUCAAGAAAUAUCUUAAAUAUUCUAAACAUUAAUAACGCAAAUAUUACUAGGUGAAAUGAAACGCAGUUGGCUGCAAAAGAAUGAAAAACUCUGAACGUUUUCACUGGUAUUAAUUUUCUGACGUAGAGGGUGCUACUUGCUAGCCAAUUGAGCUAAUGAAAGAAAAUGGAGAUCACACAGGAAAAGUGCAGUUGUUGGAAAAUCACUGAUAAUUGUGGGAAGAAAUUUUUGACCAUAAAGAGCCAUCUUUAUCAAACAUUUAGAUAAGGUUAUAGGUGAUUUUGUUUUGGCUAACCAUAACACACACUUUGCUCUCUCCUGUGCAGUCAUCAUUUUCUUUUCUUACCUUGAUUGGCUUGCACAACUAGCGUCCUCUAUUUCAGAAAAUUACUACAAGAAAAACUUUUAAGUUUUUUUCAUUCAGCAAACAGCAUUUCAUUUCACCUGUUACUCUUUGGUAAAGGUCUUCCUCGGAUAUCCCAUAAUUUAAUUUGUUUUACAGAUGUUGCAACUCCAGGGAAUCAAAUAUUAUUUCAUCAAUGUACUGCUUUUCUUUAUGUGCUUAAAUUCACAGAUCUUUUCUUGGAAUGGGUUUUGAACUCAGUAAAUAGAAUUAUAAUUGUUAUUAGUAUUAUUUUUUAGUUAAUAUCAAAUGAAAUGUUCAUGUUAUUAAUUACAAUUGUACACUUUAAGAUGUUCUAGAUGUAGGAAUUACUGAUAUAUCAAGGAUUUAAAAAUAGUUUGUUUGUGGUGUGGAUGUUAAAUUGUUUUCUUUGUGACAAAAAUAGUGUGGUCGUUUAAAACUAACGUAAUUGAGCAAAAUUUAAUUAGACUUUAAAUAUUCUUAAUAUAUUUUAAUCUCACUAAAAAUCCUACAAAUAGAAGAAUAGUUUGUAUUUUUCUCGGAUAUAAUCCAAUGUGUCAAAAAUGCAUAAAUGUUUUUAUACAGAUAUUUCUGCCUGUCAUAUUUUUCUGAUAUUUGUAACAUAAUUCACAUAUUUUUAAAAGCAUGAUCUUGGUGUUGUGAAAUUUCCAAAAAAAGCAGAGUUGUGUAAUCAGUAAGGUACUUUAAGAAUAGGUAUAUCUCUUAGGAGCUCUUAUCUAUGUAUAGAUAUGUCUAUAGAGUUUACAUCUGACAUUUUGAAGACUAGUCGCAAAAAUCAGCAAUUUCAAGACCUAUAGGAGUGUUAAAAUCAAAGAAAAAUUAUUCUUUACAGUUCUUUUUAAAAUGUUUUGUAUUAAAUAAAAACAUUUGAUAAAUAACUGUUGCUCAAAAUUAUUUCUGUAUGAAUAAUUAUUUCCAUUAAACAUUAC